UUUUCCAGGUUUCACUUUGCAAUAGUGAAGGAACCAGAGAAGGGCGGACUGAGCUGUCCGGGAUCGUUCCCGAGGGUCCCACGGUCUGGUCUCUGCAGACACCCCUGGGCCGAGCUCUGCUGCUUCUCCACUGUCCUAAGACCACCUGGCCCCAGACAUGAGGAACUCAGACUUGGAUCUGGAUCAGGAUUGGGCUCUGAGUGACUAACUUCAGGUGCGAAUUCUGAGGGCAGAUUUGGGGUCUGCCCAGGGUCCCUGAACCUUCUCAUGCUGCUGAGUUUAGAGACGCCCCUGAAGUCCUGGCCUUUCAGAGCAGCUCUGAGGAGAUGGAGGACUUCUCCCUCGGCUCUGGGCUCUGCCACCUCACCAUCCUGCUCCUCCUUCUCCCUCUGCCCACUGGGGGGUCCACAGAGAAGUUCCGGGUGACUGGCCCUUUGCACCCCAUCGUGGCAGUGCUGGGUGGAGAAGCUGUGCUGCCGUGCUCCCUAUUUCCAGCUGUGAGUGCAGAGGACAUGGAGCUGAGGUGGUUCCGCUCCAAGUCUUUGGAAGCUGUGUUCGUUUAUCAGAACCGACAGGAGCAGAAGGAGGAGCUGAUGGCUCCUUACGCAGGGCGGACCUCGCUGGUGGGGGACCUCCUCAACCAGGGAUAUGCUGCUGUGCACAUCCAGAGGGUCCAGGCUUCUGACAAUGGGCUGUACACCUGCUUCUUCAGAAAAGGACACUUCUAUGAAGAGGCUGGUUUGGAGCUGAAGGUGGCAGGUGUGGGCUCUGCUCCUCAGGUGCGCAUCACAGGGCCUGAGGAAGAUGGGGUCCGCGUGGUGUGCACGGCCUCGGGGUGGUUCCCGAAGCCUCAAGUGCAGUGGAGAUGCCUCAGUGGAGAGAAGUUCCUGGUGUUAUCUGAGGUCUACACCCAGGAUGCUGAAGGGCUGUUCAGCGUGGAGGCGGCGCUGGUGGUGAGAGACAGCUCUGUGGGGAACGUGACCUGCUCCAUCCUCAACCCUGUCCUGGGCCAGGAGAAGGCCAUGGCCAUUUUCAUCCCAGAGCCCUUCUUCCCCCAGGCCUCUCCCUGGAAGGUGGCUUUCUCGGUGAGCCUGACUGUGCUGGUGAUCUUGCUCCUUGGGGCUGGAUGUUACACCAAGAGACAACAUUCCAUGAAGAUGCAGGUGAGGGGAGAAAAGGAGACUCUGUGCCAGACUAGCGAGCAGGACCGUCAGACAAAGGAGGAAGUGCUGAAGGACGCAGCUAACCUUCAGGAAGAACUAGAGAGGAGGAAAUCUGCUUACCUGGCUGCUUCUGAGCCUGAGCAGCAACAUGGAGUAACAGGUGAAACAGGAGUUUUGAAGGAUUUUGAAGGAGGAGCAACUAGGUGAACUAGCCAAACGUCACGCAGCAGGGGACAGCGGUGGAAGUCAUUCCAGAGUGCCGCAGGCUUCUUACCUGUGCUCCAGGGAAUUCCCCACCACACCUGCUGUCUGCACGUGGCUGGAAGUCACCUCCUCUCCAGCCUCUCCCCCACUGUAGUUAGUCUCACCUGCAGAGCAGAGGGGAGGCAAGGGCCAGUGGAUUCACACCGAGCAGGUUUCUUCUGGCUGAGGUCUCACCUGAGUGUGUCCCCUUUCAGCCUGGAGGAAGGCGCAGCUGUAUGCAGGUAAGUGGAUGUGAGUUCCUCUGGCCUCCCCUCCCAACCUAGACUUUGCCCCCUUCUCCCUGAGGGGACCCCACAGCAGGGUGGGGUAGGUUUCCUGGUCUUCUUGUCACCUUUGUAGCCUCCACCUGGAGACUGCAGGGACUCCUCACACACAGAUGUGCCUCCAUUCUGCCCGUGCUCUACUGCAGGGCACGGUCAGGGUUAGCAGCGCCCUCCCCAAACACCUGGUGCAACGGGGACUUCUUGUGACAGUGACAGCGGAGGGGUCAGUGGCGAGGAGGGACGGCAGCAGGGAGCGACCGUGUGGCUCAGGGAUCGCUCAUCUCUGGAAGAUGUCAGAAGUCAUGCUCGCUUGCUUAUGGGACCCUUGGUUUGAAUUCUUCUCUCUUUGGCUCUAGUUUUGGUUUCCCUGUUUCUCCCUGGUCCUCUGCCAUAUUGGUCUCUCUCUGCUUCCUCGUGCUCUGACCCCAUGCCCAGGCUGGCUUUCAUCCUCCAAGCCUCCUUGGUUGAUGAGGAGCAGGUGUUCUGACUCUGGGGUCCACCACCUCUGGGAUAUGUAUGGACUCCUUGGAUGAGGGUGUGAAAGAUAUGAAAUUAUAUGGAAAAUCCCAAGUGCGUUUUUUUGGUCAUAAAACCAAAAAUGUAACAUACAAUGGAUUAUUCAUGACCAUCAUCUUCCAUUUUAGGAGAAUAUUUGUCUGAAGGGCUCAGGCUCCUCCUCCCCUUUUCAGGGUUAAUGUAGAAGAUUGGAAAAGGAGACUGUGAGAGAGGUUAAAUUGCUUUUGGAGAAGGGGUAAGGGAACAAAUCAUGGAAGAAAAGAGCAGGAGGAAGAGAGGAGGAGAUGUGAAGGAAGUAUAGGAAUGUGUGGGGGAAAUGCCCUGUAGAGGUUUUGAGUGGACAGAGUGACUGAAGAGAGGCCAAAGGUCACAAGGUCAAAAGUCACAGCCACGUGGUGUGAAUCUGAGAAGUGCACUGAGAGUUUGCAAGGUUCAUGGCAUGAAAUGUAAUGGACUCCUUGAGUCUUCUUUAAAAUAUUUAAGAGAAACUUACAUUCCUAAGCCCUUUUUAGGUAACCAUAUAAUGAGUUUACCUCUGAUAAUGAGACCAUCUGCACCUCCCAGAGGUGCUGGGGCAGGUGUGUGGUUGCAGGGAUGCUCAUGCAGUGAGAGUGGUCUCGAGGACCCUUAGCAGUGGGGUGAGUGAAGGUUCUGCGCCCUCUGAGCCUCUGUCAUAGGCCCUGUUCCUGCUUGGAAUGCUCCUGUUUAGGGUCAGGAAUACAGAAUUGUGAGAGAAAGUGGGGAACCCAGAGGAUGACGGAGGCCUGGGCACCAAUGGGUGAGAAGCCAUCUCAGGCGUCUUACUGAUUCUUGCAGGGAUUUGUUUCUACACAGUGAUGAUCGUGUAGUCUUCUUUUGCCAUCCUCAUGUUCUCUGCCAAGUUUAAGUCACAUGUAUUUUAAUGUAUACCUUUAAUUCUAUACUUUUCAUUAAAAAAAAUAAACUGUACCAUGAAACUAGAAUCAGCAUUUUUUAAUAUUUUCACAAUAUGCCAUGUCUAUAGGGAUGGUUUUGUUCCUACAAAAAUGGAAGGAAAAGUUAUUCGUGUUUCAUCUUUUCAGCGCUUGUCAUGCUUCCUUAUUUGAACAUCUCUCUCCCUCUCUGGAAACCUCUGCAUUGUCUUCUACCUGGGUCAGAUUUCUCCAGUGCUGUGCGCUGAGCUCUCUUCUCUCCUGGCACAUAGUCAUGCUCCAAGUUCGGCUUAGCCAGUUGUAUUCUCUCUACCCAUGGCUCAGGGACAACCUGCAAGCUCAGCCCGAUCAUUUCUUCACUUGUGAACGAAAGCUUUUAUCUCCCCAAUUCUUUCUCUAGAAAUCCUAUCUUUCAUUAUAGAUAUGUGGCAAGGGCCUUGAGAAAGAAUAAUUUGGUAGGCAAAUAUGGCAAAUAUCUUUCUGUUCAGGUCAGUCUCCAGCUUCUCAAUCCCUGAGUAUUAAGGUCUAUGGCUAGGUCUUCAUCAAAAGGUUGCAAAAUGAUCAUUCUGUGUGUGUGUGAGUGCAUGUGUAUAAAAAAGCAAUAAAUGUAUCAAGUGAAUGUUUCCAAACAUUUUUUCUACAAAUCCUUCAUUAGCAGCUUCAGUACCCACCCCAUGUACCCACCCUAAAGUGUGUUGUACAGUCUUUGUGAACCCCUGAUAUGAAAUGUGUGUUUUCCUUGUAGAUUGGCAGAAGGAGAAGUUCCAGGCCUGUGAGUGACUUUGUGUUUUUUCUGGAUUUUCCUACUGCUGUCCCUGUGGCCUCUCCUUCACUUCUCAGUGGUGAUAUAGAUGCUGGCACCAUCAAUAGCGUGGGGUGGGAUGUGGUGGUGGUAGUCACACACAGGUGGGGCUGAUGACUUUGGCCGAUAUUGAAUACUAAAUAGACAUUGGAGAGCCUACUGGUCCUCAGCCCUUGGAGAGCACGCUGGUCCUCAAGGGCUCUGUGAUACAUCACACCCUGAAAUCAGUCUCGUGGGUCCUUUUCCUGCUUGGAGGCCCGUCGACUUGAAUCACAAGUUCCUGUUGUCAGGGUGCUUAGCCUUCCUCCCAUGCAGCUGGGAUUCCGGGUUGAGGGGUGGUUGUGUGUUCUUGGGGAGAGGAGGACCUUGAAUGAUAGACAACUUU